AGACUACCAGCAAUCUAUGAUCAUGAGUCAGAUGAUGUCUGCCGAGGACUUUGAUGCUAAGGCAGACAAUAUUCUGUCUCGUGUAAAAUAUGGAUUGGACCAGUGGAGCGGAUCAGGAGACAAUCACAAUACAGGGACCUCAGACCUAUCUAGUCAUUACUGUCCAGUCUGUAGAAAUAUAAUGAAGGGAGACCAGCAUUGCCCCCUGAUCUAUGUUCCUUGUGGUCACAAUACUUGUGUUUCCUGUUCCAAAGGGAGACAAAUCUGUCCUUGUUGUGGUUCUCAGGCCUCCUCUAAAACAAGGAACAUCAUGCUCAUGCAAAUAAUAGAGGAAUAUCACAAAAACAAGCAAAAACUCAAAGAGGAACAAAAUGGCAACUUUGAUAGCAAUGCCAAUAGUUCACAUAACAUUGAAACAGCUCCCAGAAGAAAAAGAGGAAUCAACAAAACAAAGUACAGAGAAGAAUAUGAAAAUCUGAAAAUGAGACAAGAAGUUCUUAAAGUAGAAAUCAAAGAUAUACAAGGUCAAAUAAACUCUUAUGUGAAGGAAAUUUCAGCUGGAGAAAAACAGGUGUCAAGUGUUAAGAGGGAAGAGGAAAAAGUAAUAGGUCAAAUACAAGCUCUGCAGGAAAAGCUCAGAGCCUUAGAACAGCACAGGGCUCAAUAUGAGACAGAUUGUGAGUGCACUCGGCAAGCUCAGAAAGAGGCUCGGGAGAAACUACAUCAAACUCAGGACAUUUUAUUGACAGUUGAAAUACAGAUGGAAAAAGCAAGAUUAUUGGCAGAGCAGUAAACUGAAAAUGGAGGAUUACUUGUGAAUUUGAAAGUAACCAGUUUCUUCAGAUUUCUGUAUAGUUUUGACAGUCCUGUUGUGCCCUAAAGAUUAUUGUAUCAAAGGAAAACAUACAGCUCCAGCUGUAAUUCUUAGUAAAAAUCUCUGGAAAAAGGGCAUUUACUCCCUCCAUUUUCAUUAUACAAUGUAGACAAGAAUGUAGACCAACAUCUUUGAAUGAAAAUGAAGAAGAGAUUCACAACUGGAUACAGAUGAAUUUUCAAUUUGAUCUGCAUCUAAAGCUGUAAACUCAUAUUGUGAGAAUGUAUAAGUACAUGUACAAGCCAUUUAUAAAU